UCCAUGCCCCACAUUACCUCCAUUCGCUCCCACGCUCCCCCUAAAUUCACCUCUCUCACUCUUAACAUGCCCCAUGAACCAUCGUUUAUUCGCACUCUGGUCCUUAGUGCUCAAAACAACUUGCACUCUCCUGCUUUAUCAACUCCAUUCAUGUUCACCGCCUUGAAUUGCUCCACUCACUCAGUCUGCUUCCACUUUCACUUUUGGUCACUUUAGCCCGUGCCUCAUUUUCCCAUCAUUUACUCAGUCUCAUCCAUAAUCUCCAAUUAAUUCAAAAUCGAAUGCAUGGUCAUUCCCUCGUGUGGCUCCACACUGCCCCCUUUGACUCCACUCUGUUCAUUCACCUCCUUCCCAUCACCCUCUGUCUCUGCUUGCCCCCAUUCACUCCCAGUCUGCCCUUCAUUCACCAUUAUUCACCCCUGCCCAUCCCAUAUGUCUCCCAUUUAGUGACACUCGCAUUGGCCAAGACAGUAAAUCUGACAUAUUAUUCAGGAUUCAUAUACCAGUGAUGGUAUAUACUACAAAUACCAGAAUGGAAGUGGAUUCCUCUCUUGGAAGCAGGUAGUUCAGGGCUAUCAUGCUACCUUCAAGGUCACCAGAGAAGUGGCUCGUGUGCUUUUGCUCUGACAAACUCACCUGCUGCCUUAUGGUCCCAAAUCACUGCUCACAAUUGGCCACACCUCUAUAGUUUUGAUGAAAUGUAUCUUUUAUUUUAAAGUAAGUUCACUGCUCACAAUUGGCCACACUUCUAUAGUUUUGAUGAAAUGUAUCUUUUAUUUUAAAGUAAGUUCUCCACGCAGUGUGGGGCUUGAACUGGCCCUAAGAUCAAGAGUCACAUGCUCUACCAACUGGGCUAGCCAGAUACCCCUUGAUGAAAUGUAUCUUUUUUUUUUAAAGAUUUUAUUUAUUUAUUUGAGAGAGAGAGAGAGAGAGAAUGAGAGACAGAGAGCACGAGAGGGAAGAGGGUCCGAGGGAGAAGCAGACUCCCCGCCGAGCAGGGAGCCCGAUGCGGGACUCGAUCCCGGGACUCCGGGAUCGUGACCUGAGCCGAAGGCAGUCACUUAACCGACUGAGCCACCCAGGCGCCCGAUGAAAUGUAUCUUAAGAAUGAUUGUGGUGAUGACUCAGUGGUGAGGUGGGGGACCUCUGGGUGGGAGUGUCACAUCGUAGAGACUCUGUGGUGGUACCCGCUACGGUCAGCCUCCCAUAGCCCUUUACCUAGCUACCUGCGGCUUAGACCGUUGUAUGAGAUUGCACCUGCAGGGACUGAUGGCAGAGGAUGCCCAAGACCUAGUGGGAGUCCUUGCUCCUCAGCGCAGAAAAGCUGGCCUCACAGAGCUUCUGGAUGUGCACUGUGAACCCUGGGACAGUUUUUGAGGGGCUGUAUCACUGGCUCAGGGACAUUUCUGGAGCUGGCAAUCACUUUACCCCAACACCCACCAACCCUAAAGGAUUCUUUCUAUACACGGUGUGUGUGUGUGUGUGUGUGUGUGUGUGUACACAAGGUGGUGGGGGAACGAUGUUUGUUAAGAUGGAAGAGGCCAGGUGUGUGUGUGUGUGUGUGUGUGUGUGUGUGUACACACAAGGUGGUGGGGGAACGAUGUUUGUUAAGAUGGAAGAGGCCAGGUGUGUGUGUGUGUGUGUGUGUGUGUGUGUGUGUGUACACACAAGGUGGUGGGGGAACGAUGUUUGUUAAGAUGGAAGAGGCCAGGCUGGGAUGAGCCCUACAGGUCCAGCCCUUCCUAUUUCCCACCUUCUAAUGCAUUCAGAGAGAACGGACAUGUUUUGUACCCAAGAAGUGCUUAUCCUUCAGGGAGCAAGAGAUAGGAGCUAUUCCUCUGUUUUUGCUCUGUCUUUGCUUUGUCUGCCCAGAAGCUCCAUCUAGAUUUCUGGUAAAAACAUUCCUUGGCUAGUUUUAAUGGUUCUGGGAUGAGGACCCACAGAUACUUUCUGGAAGUCCUGCGGGAUAGUGAAUAAACAAAAGAAGAAUAUUAUUGGGUAGAAGUAAAGGAUCCAACCUUGGGAAACUGUGUGACCUUGGGCAAGUUACUUAGUCCCUCUGGGACUCAGUUUCCUCCUCUGACAAGUGGAGGCCAUGGGACUGUUCACAGAUAGUGGGGACUGAGUGAGGCAGGUCAUAUCAUGUGCUUCAGACGGUGUGUGGCACACAGGAGAUACUGAGCUAGGUCUGAGCCCCCAUUAUCACUUGCUGGGCCUGUUGGCAGAAGCCACACUGUUUUUCACCUGCUUUCGCCCUUGCCCUCUGUUGUGGUUCUCCAAAGCAGCCUGCGGGUUAUCUUUGAAUUUUUUUCCUUUUUAUUAACAAAAGCUUAAUACAUACAGAUGCCUAAUUUUAUUUAAAUAAUAAUACUAAAACAUGUAGCACUUGCUAUGUGCCGAGCAUUGUUCUAAGUCUUUACAAUUAUCAGUUCAUUUGUCAUCCUCCCUAUUUUAUAGAUGAGGAAACAGCAGAGAGAAGAGUUCUGCCCUAGUUACAAAACUCGUAGGUGGGGGUUUGAAACCAGGUUGUCUCCAUCAUGUUUGUUUGGUUCUGCCUUCUUCCUUGCUAUAUUUCCAAUGUCUAGAAUACUGUCUGUCAUACAGGAGAUGCUUAAGCAAAUCCCUGUGAAGCUCAUGUUCUAGUGGGUGCAAGACUCGCAAUAAACAAGAAUGCGAGAUUGCUUCUGAUGGGUCUUUAAAAAAUCUUAUCCCUCUUAUGGCUUCCCAUUCUGUCUAGAGUGAAGCAUGAGCUCUGUUCCUGGCAGAGGCGGCCCUACGGCAUCUGGCCCCCCACCCACUUCUCCCUCCCUCACACCUCCUACGCUCCCAAACACACUGCCAGCUUCCAUUCCUCCAACGCGCCGAAUUGGGUCCCACUUCCGGGCCUUUGCAACAGCCGUGCGCUCCACCAGUUUGCUUCGGCUAUUUGUGUGGCCGGCUCCUUUCGGUCAGCAAAAUGGUCACCUCCGACGAAAGGAUUUCGUUUCUGCCCAGCCAGAGAAAGCAACCCGUCAGCCACUGCUUAACACAUUCCCUUCACCCCGGGGUGUGUGCGUCCUAGGUCCCCGUUUAUUUUUAUCCUUCAGCUUGUUUGUAUGCCGUGCUUCAAAAAACUCCCAGCUCUAGCCACUGGAUGGAGCCAGUGUGACCUUUCCCUACCUCUCCGCCUUUGUGCACGCUGGGCGACUCGGCCACGCAUCCCGUCUUCCUAUUCAAUUACACCUGUAAACCCGACGCUGCCCUUCGGGUUCAAGACCCCAAAUUCCGGCCUGCCAGAACUUUCCUCAAUUGGGCAGUUCCCCUCCCCGCCCUAAGCAAAAUGCUUUUCGAGGUCUCGGGAAUGACGGUGUCCGCUGAACAAAGUAAACACCUGCUCCACACGGCGGCCCUCGAGGUGUAGAGCCCUGGUGGGCGCGGCCAUCUCAAAGCAGGGACCGCGCGGGCGCGGCCAUCUUUCUUCCGCGCAGGCGCCGCGGCCCCGCCGCGUUCGCGUGGGGCCGGUGGGAGGGGGGCGGGAGGGGGCCCGGUGUUGACUAUUGGCGGACGCGGGCUCAAAGCCCCCACUGAGCGUGCGCACACCCAGCUGCUGCAGCCCUCUGGGCUGCGGAGCCCGAGUUGGUCCCGAAGCGGAAGUGCUUCUUAGGGCCAGUUCUUGUACUGGUCUCCUCUGCAGUGAGCAGAAAAAUCUAUUGUCGAGAGGCACAGUGACCUGCGCUAAGGGUUCAUACGCACUCCUCAGGUCCCUCCUUAGGCGCUCCCCACCUCUCCCUGUGCCCCUCUCUCCUUGCUCACGCCCCAACGUAGGGGCCUGGUGUGAAUGCUCCAGCCGAAGUGAAUCUGCACCCGAAGGCUUCCUUCUGGCUCCUGGGCAAGCCGGCCCCAGUGAGCUCGGGCUUCACACAUCUCUGCCUUUUCCGAAGAAGAGCAGGAAAUGGCCAAACCCCAGGGACUCGUGACAUUCGGGGAUGUGGUUGUGGAUUUCACCCCAGAGGAGUGGCAGUACCUGAACCCUCCACAGAAGACUCUGUACAGAGAAGUGAUGCUGGAGACCUACAGCAACCUGGUCUCUGUGGCAGGGCCGCAGGUGACCAAACCAGACCUCAUCCUCAAAUUGGAGGUAGAAGAGCCAUGCCCAGCAGAAACAAAAAUCUCCUUUUGGAGCUUUCCAGAAGCAGCCUGUCAAAUUGAUGAACAGAUUGAGAGACAGCACCAGGAUGACCAAGAUAGGUAUCUGUUGAUGCAAGCUGGAUUCCCUGACAAGAAAGCACUUAUCACCAAGACUGGACAUGACUAUAAUAAAUUUGGAAAUGCACUUCCUCUGAAUACAAACCUUGUUGCUUCAAUACAAAGGUCCCAUAAACAUGAGCCAUUUGGAAAUAUGGUAGAUGGUUUAGACUUAUUUACCAGAAGCUCUGUAGGAAAGAAACAUGAUAAUGGAUGUGCAAAAUUAUUCUUCCAUACGGAGUAUGAGAAAACAACUCCUGGAGUAAAGCCCCACGGAUAUAAAGAGUGCGGGAAGGCCCUCAGGCGGAAGAAAGGGCUUAGUCUACAAGAGAGAAUUAAAAAUGGAGAGAAACCCUUCGAAUGCACUGCGUGUAGGAAAACCUUCAGCAAGAAGUCACACCUCAUUGUACAUUGGAGAACUCAUACGGGAGAGAAACCCUUUGGAUGUACUGAAUGUGGAAAAGCCUUUAGCCAAAAAUCUCAGCUCAUUAUACACUUGAGAAGUCAUACAGGAGAGCGACCCUUUGAGUGUCCAGAAUGUGGAAAAGCCUUCAGAGAGAAGUCAACCGUCAUCAUACAUUACAGGACUCAUACAGGAGAGAAACCUUAUGAAUGUAAUGAAUGUGGAAAAGCCUUCACUCAGAAGUCAAACCUCAUUGUCCAUCAGAAAACCCACACGGGCGAGAAAACUUACGAAUGCACUAAAUGUGGGGAAUCUUUCAUACAGAAGCUUGAUCUAAUUAUACAUCAUAGUACUCAUACAGGAAAGAAACCCCAUGAAUGUAAUGAGUGUAAGAAAACUUUCAGUGAUAAGUCAACUCUCAUUAUACAUCAAAGAACUCAUACAGGGGAGAAACCUCAUAAAUGUACUGAAUGUGGGAAGUCUUUCAAUGAGAAGUCAACCCUCAUAGUGCAUCAGCGAACUCAUACAGGAGAGAAACCCUAUGAAUGUGAUGUGUGUGGGAAAACCUUCACCCAGAAAUCAAACCUUGGCGUACAUCAGCGAACUCAUUCAGGAGAGAAACCUUUUGAAUGUAAUGAAUGUGAGAAAGCAUUCUCUCAGAAAUCCUAUCUCAUGCUCCACCAGAGGGGUCAUACAGGAGAGAAGCCCUAUGAAUGCAGUGAAUGUGAAAAAGCAUUUUCCCAGAAAUCAUACCUCAUCAUACAUCAAAGAACUCAUACGGAAGAAAAACCCUAUAAAUGUAACGAAUGUGGCAAAGCCUUCAGAGAAAAGUCCAAGCUCAUUAUACAUCAGAGAAUUCACACAGGAGAGAAACCCUACGAAUGUCCCGUAUGUUGGAAAGCUUUUAGCCAAAAGUCCCAGCUCAUAAUACAUCAGCGAACACACACAGGAGAGAAACCCUACGCAUGCUCUGAGUGUGGCAAAGCCUUCAGAGAAAAAUCCACAUUCACUGUACACCAGAGAACUCAUACCGGAGAGAAACCCUAUAAGUGUGCAGAGUGUGGGAAGGCCUUUACCCAAAAAUCAAACCUGAUUGUACAUCAGAGAACACACACGGGAAAGAAGGCCCACGGGAAGGGCCACAGCCGGAAGUCAAAGCUCAUUGCACAUUAGAGAGUAGAUCAAGGGUGCCCGUCAACGUUCACGGAGGGAAAGUUUUGUCCGUUUAAACAACAUUUGAAAAGUACGUUCUGAUUUCUGGUUUAAAUAUGGGGAGUAAAAGUCAGUCUCUUCAUCUCAGUCUUCGCCCAAACACUACAAGGAGCAAAAGCGGAAGUGUAAUCUCUGUAUCUGACACGAGGAGAUAGCGGAAACCCUGAUGAGCGCACUGCCGGAGGCAGAGGGGAUCGAGCGCCAGGGCAGGAGGUUUCGAAGCGAACGCUCAAGGCUGCACACGUGGGGCCGCACUGGCGAGGACUCUUAGUUGAGGUUCAGGAUAUCCCCCGAGUGCAAGGCCAACUACAUCCACCGCAGUAACAGAGGGCAUUGGCAGGUGGGAGGGAGGAUGUCUCCCAGACCCAUUUGGGGUCUGAGGAGAUACCGGCAGAGGCCUCUACAAGGAAUCGCUCAGACAAGCCAUAUUUGUAGAAAGUAGUCUGCACUCAUGAGAGGAGCACUCGACGGGCUGGGGCAAGAGAAGGGAGUGUUCCUUGUGAAGAACCCGACAGCUGCCCCGGUUUACGGACUCUGGAGAAGUCAAAUCUAAAAGAAAUAGCAAAUGGGGGAAAAAAACCAGUUGUAGGAAAAACUCUUUAUCUGCCUAGAAUGUGGCCCCCAUUUCUUACCCCACGUGAACCUCCAGGAAACAGCAAGUCCAGGAAAAACUCUUAUUCAAAUAAAAAUGAUUCCAAAGUAAUGAAAACCACAAAGGCAGUGGCUUUGGAGCCCACAAUUCUACUUCUAGGAAUGUAUAUACUCAUGCAUGUACAAAAUGAACACACAGAGAUACUCACUGGCGCACUGUUUGUGAAAACCAAAGGUUGGAAGCUGUCCAGAUGACGGGUCUGGAUCCUGAAAUCCUGGUAUGUUCCUACAGCAAACCUCCUAGGUAGACAAAACGAAAGAGAACUUGGACAUCAUGUGUGUAGUGAUGUGGGACAUCUCCAACAUACAUUAUUAGGUGCAAAAAGCAAGGUGCAGGAUAGCGAGUACAAUACGCUAACAUUCGCAUAUAAAAAGAACAAAUUGCAAGUACAUGAUUGAGCAUAUAUGCAUAAGCUGUCUCUGGGAAGAUACACGAAAGCUGAGAACCCUGAUUACCUCUGGGAAAGGGCAGGGGACGUGGGUGGCUGGGGGACUGGAAUUGGGAGACAACUGUAUGUCCUUCCAUAACUUUUCGAAAAUUGUGCUCUGUGGCUGUACUACCUUUUCAAUAAAUAAAACAUUUUAAAAUGAA